UGUGUGUGUGUGUGUGUGUGUGUACCACCGGCUAAGCUAACAGGCUAGCAGCGGAGGGUUCUCCAUCAGCGGGCGGCGGAAAAGACCGCAGGCGGCAGAGAGGAGAAGCUUGCUACCGAGGGACCGAACCUUGUCAAGCUGACGCCUAAACACUGGGAGCAGUGACCCGUUUGGCCGCAAAAUGUCCGAUUUCGACAGCAACCCGUUCGCAGACCCGGACUUCAACAACCCGUUCCAGGAUCCCUCGGUGACACAGGUGACCCGGUCUGCCCCUCCUGGUGGUCUCGAGGAGUACAACCCCUUCACAGAUGCCAGAACGGCCGCCCCUGGAAAUGCCCCCAAAUCUAACCCAGCACCUGCCCAGAACACACAGCCUGCCAUCAUGAAGCCCACAGAAGAGCCCCCAGCUUACUCGCAGCAACAAACACAGGACCAGGCACGUGCUCAGGCAGAGUUGCUGAGAAGGCAGGAAGAGCUGGAGAAGAAAGCAGCCGAGCUUGACCGCAGGGAGCGAGAGCUGCAGUCUCACGGAGGUGCGGGUCGUAAGAACAACUGGCCUCCGCUCCCUCAGAAGUUCCCUGUCGGGCCGUGUUUCUACCACGACAUUGCAGUGGACAUACCCAUCGAGUUCCAGAAAACGGUUAAGAUCAUGUACAACCUCUGGAUGUUCCAUGCAGGCACGCUCUUUGUCAACAUGUUCGGCUGUCUGGCCUGGUUCUGUGUGGAUCCAACCCACGGUGUGGACUUUGGUCUUGCCCUGCUGUGGUUUCUGCUCUUUACACCAUGUUCCUUUGUCUGCUGGUACAGACCGCUUUAUGGGGCUUUCAGGAGCGACAGCUCUUUCCGCUUCUUCGUCUUCUUCUUCGUCUACAUCUGCCAGUUUGGAGUUCACGUGCUACAAACCAUCGGCAUCACUGGGUGGGGCACAUGUGGCUGGAUCACGGCUCUAAUGGGUCUGAACACCAGCAUCCCAGUGGGCAUCAUCAUGUUGCUCAUCGCUGCACUCUUCACCACACUAUCUGUGGGCUCGCUCAUCAUGUUUAAAAAGGUGCACGCACUGUAUCGAACCACCGGUGCCAGUUUUGAGAAGGCUCAGCAGGAGUUCGCCACGGGCGUCAUGUCCAACAAGACGGUCCAGACUGCGGCCGCCAACGCUGCGGCCAACGCCGCGUCCAACGCCGCCCGCGGGGCCUUCAAAGCCCAUCCAUAAGCACACUCACACACACACGCCCAUCAGCCAACUCACUCACACACACUGCGGAUGCACAACUCCGGCCCCGUGAAAUCACCCGAUUUGCUAAUGUUGCUACGCUAACAUUGAUUGGCUCUUGUGCAUCCUCACCCAAAGUCCGAACUUUAAACGGCACAUUACCUGCCUCGUGUGCCCAAAACGUCCCCUCAAACGAAGUCACGCUUCACCAUGUCGCGCACUGCUGCAACCCCCCAAAAUGAUCCCCUUUUCACUCAUCAUGGUAGCUAAUCCAGUCAGAGAGAAGUGAUCUGCAUGUCCAUCGGUUGCUUAGUGAAUGGAGGGAUGAACGUGUGUGUGUGUGUGUGUGUGUGUGUGUGUGUGUGUGUGUGUGUGUGUGUGUGUGUGUGUGUGUGUGUUACAAUCAUAUGUCUUUGUAGAUCGUCACAAAAACUAAAGCUGCUAAGAAUCUGGACGUGGCCUCUUGCUAGUUUGUGGUUCCUUUGCGAUUGAUAAACAAAUGUGAAAUGGUCAUAAAGUACCAAAAAAAAAGUGUUAAAUGACUGGAAUAUGACCGGUAGUUGGCUUUUUGUGGCCCCAUUCGGUCUUUAAUAUUGCUCGGGUUUGAAUUUAUGAGGCACUAGUUAUUGAAAAUAUCAACAGUGUGUAUUUCAACUUUCUGAUCAUGUGGCGCCCUCUAGUGGUUAUGGCCCUAAACAACCGCAUAGUGUUUAUGCCCAGAUGACCGAUAACACAGAGGACCUCCAGACAAUGGCAGUGUUAAAGUGUUAAACUACUACACCCCCUAGUGGUGAGGAGUGUGCACGACCGACGGGGAAAGACUGGAGUUUAAAUGUUGGACUGAAAUAAACGCCUGCAAGUGUUGAUCGCUAACCCUGACUAAACUAACCACAGUAUUUCUUCUUUUUUGGAAUUUUUGUUAGCACAUUUUUUUUGGUUUUUAUGUUAGUUGUUCUAAUUUAUGGCAUAUUUUAAGUUGUAUUUUACAAGGUGUAUUAUUAUGUGUGGCAAGGAAGCUUUGAAUGAUUUGUGUGAAAGAUUCCAAAACAGACACACACACAAAAAAAAUCCCUCAAGUGUUAUUCUACUGUAAAUCCUCAAAAGCUGUGAGUAAUCUACCAAAUGUCCAUUUAGAAUUUUUUCUAAAUUUUGUGAUGUUAUAUUAUUACAUUACUUUUCCUGCCUAACAUGAGAGUUGCCCUCUCUUGUGUUUUGCAGGCGGGUCAACACUCCAGAAUGUUCCUGACCUGUCACCAUUUGUUAGUUCACUGAAUGAAAGACCUCACCCUAAUUUAAGAGGAAUACUGUACUUGUAUAUUUUGUAAAGAUGAUCAUUUGAUGCCCUUUAUGGAGUCGCGUGUAAAAAAGAACAUUUAAUGCACUCUUGUCUGGCCUUUGUCGCAUGUGAAAUAGUUUUCAGUUUUGUAUAUUUAUGGUAUUAACAUGGAAUAAAGAUUU